UUCAAAGAGGGAUAACUCUGUAUUCAUGUAUGUUGCAGAAGCCAAGGUUCAGAAAGCAGCACACGGCCUGACAGGUGCCCGUUAUUCCUCCUAGGACAGACAGGCUAUAAAACGAAGAAGAAUGUAUUGAAUGGGAGGAAGACUUGCACCGAUUAAAACAAUGUCACAGCCCCGCAGAAAACAGCCCAUAUACAGCGACGGCUUCGUCAAACCAGGUUUUGAGAGAGUUUUGGAAGUAUUCAGAUAUAAUUUGGAGAAUGACAUAGAGAGGGGAGGGACAUUUGCUGCUUACUAUCGAGGGGAGCUGGUGGUAAAUAUCUGGGGUGGCUAUGCUGACCGCAAGGCCAGGGUCAAGUGGAAGAGAGACAUGAUGCCAUGCUUUUAUUCCACCACUAAGUCCCCAUCAGCAGCGGUUAUAGCCCACCUGGUUGACAGAGGUUUCUUGGAUUAUUCGGAGAGAGUGUGUAAGUACUGGCCAGAUUUUGCUGCCAAUGGAAAAGAAGACAUCACUCUGGAAACUUUAGUCACAAACAGGGCAGGUUUGUCAUGCACUGAGGAAAAAUUCACCGUUGCAUUGUCAAAGGAUGACCCAGAAAAACUAGGAAAAAUCUUAGCCAACCAGAAGCCACUAUGGAAGCCUGGUGCAAACCACGGGUACCACCCAAUUACUUUCGCUUUGUACUUGGAUCAGAUUGUUAGAAGGGCCGACCCUCUCAAGAGGAGUCUGUCUCAGUACUUUCAUGAAGAAAUGGCCGUACCAUUUGGUCUGGACUUUAAAAUUGGCCUUCCUUAUGAGGAGCAGUAUAAAGCUCCUCGUAUUGUCAUGAUGAAAUCAUUUGAUCAACAAGAGUACAUUCAGAACUUUAAAGGAGACCUCAGCAUCCUUCAGCUGACGGCCACAAACCCCACAGAUUUCAUAGGGGUCAGGAGAAUGAAUGACCCAGAUGUUCGUGUGCUGCCCGUGGGGUCGAUAUGCGGUCACGGUACAGCAGAGUCCAUGGCCAAGUUCCACGCCAUUCUGGGGGAGGGGGGAACCUGGCAAGGGAGACAACUGCUCUCCAAGGCGUCAGUAGAGAGGUUUCAGCAGAUAAAGAGUGCAGGUUUUGAUCUGGCCUUUAGUAUGGACGGAAUGUGGAGCUAUGGAAUGAUGCUCUUUCCAGUCAAGGAACAGGGGAAACCAAUGAUGUUUAUGUUUGGCCAUGGUGGUUAUGGAGGACAGAUGGGACUGGCAGAUACCACUUAUCGAGUGGGGCUGGCGUACGCCACCAGCCACCUCGACCCCACCUCCCGGGCAGGGGCGGAUGCCGACAAACGCUGGCCGUCCAUGUACAACACCCUGUACAAGUGUAUACACCAGAUAGAGAACGUCCGCGUCCCCAGGAAGACUUUUUAUCUGUACGAGGACUACAAGAAGGCCAAAGACUCCAGCAAGUUGUGACAGCCAGUAGCAGUUUAAUUAAUUCCGGUGCUGUUUUGGAAUAACCUAUUCUGCAGAUCAGUUCCUCGGGGAUAAAUGUACCAAUGAUAACAUAAAAUGUAAAUUAUAAAUUUAAUUCUGUUAUAUUUAUAUUGAUUUUUAUGGAAUGAUUUUUAUACUAUUGUUGAUUAUACGUAUAUACCAAUAUGUUGAGUAUUUUAAGAAUUGGUUGUUGACAAUAAAUUGAAUUGUAAAUUU